AUGGCUUCACCUCCUCCCAGCAAUGGCACUCCUGCCACCGCCUCCCCGCCCAGCAGCAAGCCCGGCUCUCCUUUUGUUGAACGCAGCAACCCAAUGGGUGCUGGAAACGCCCAGACCGUCAGCUCCAAGGACCCCAAGGCUGUGGCCCAAGCUGCCACAGAUCUGAAGAACGUGGUUCGCAGGAAGUUGACCGGCUACGUUGGUUUCGCCAAUCUGCCCAACCAGUGGCACCGCAAGAGUGUCCGUAAGGGAUUCAACUUCAAUGUAAUGGUUGUUGGUGAAUCUGGUCUCGGAAAGUCAACUCUCGUAAACACACUGUUCAACACUUCCCUCUACCCCCCCAAGGAGCGCGCCGGCCCCAGCCACGACAUCAUUCCCAAGACCGUCUCUAUCCAGUCCAUCAGUGCUGAUAUUGAGGAGAACGGAGUCCGCCUCCGCUUAACCGUUGUCGACACCCCCGGAUUCGGCGACUUCGUCAACAACGACGAUUCCUGGCGCCCAAUUGUGGAGAACAUCGAACAAAGAUACGAUGCUUACCUCGAGGCUGAGAACAAGGUCAACCGUACGAACAUCAUUGAUAACCGCAUCCACGCCUGUGUCUACUUCAUCCAGCCCACUGGCCACUCUCUGAAGCCUCUUGAUAUCGAGGUUAUGCGCAGACUUCACACCAAGGUCAACCUGAUCCCUGUUAUCGCCAAGGCCGAUACUUUGACAGAUGACGAGAUCUCCAUGUUCAAGAAGAGAAUUCUUGCCGAUAUCCAGCACCACUCCAUCCAGAUUUUCGAGGGGCCCCGCUAUGAACUUGACGACGAGGAGACUAUUGCGGAGAACCAGGAAAUCAUGUCCAAGGUCCCCUUCGCCGUAGUUGGCGCGAACGCUGAAGUUGCUACCUCUGAUGGUCGCAAGGUCCGCGGCCGUAGCUACCCAUGGGGUGUCAUCGAAGUCGACAACGAGGAACACUGCGACUUCGUCAAGCUGCGCCAGAUGCUUAUCCGCACACACAUGGAAGAGCUCAAGGAGCAUACCAACAACCACUUGUACGAGAAUUACCGCUCCGACAAGCUUACUCAGAUGGGUGUUGCCCAAGACCCAAGCGUCUUCAAGGAGGUCAACCCUGCUGUGAAGCAAGAAGAAGAGCGUGCUCUGCACGAACAGAAGCUUGCCAAGAUGGAAGCAGAAAUGAAGAUGGUCUUCCAGCAGAAGGUAGCCGAAAAGGAAAGCAAGCUAAAACAAAGCGAAGACGAACUAUACGCCCGGCAUCGCGAGAUGAAGGAGCAAUUGGAACGCCAACGCAUGGAACUCGAAGAGAAGAAAUCCCGCCUCGAGAGUGGGCGGCCACUCGAAGAGAAAGGAAAGAGAAAGGGGUUCUCCCUCCGCUAG